AUGGCGAUAUUCGGGCUGUGGAUCAUUAACAAAGCCGGCGGUCUGGUUUACCAGCGCAAUUUUGCAGACGGGCUCGCUCAGCUGACAUCGAACGAGUACCUUGUUUUGGCGGGAACUCUGCACGGUAUCCACGCAAUUACGAGUAGACUUUCGCCAAUGGGACCGAGCUCUGGUGCUCAGGUCAUCGAAGGAGAGACAUUCAAAAUGACCAUCUUCUUAACAGCGACCGGUACAAAAUUUGUACUUUUGACAUCUCUAAACGAAAGCAUCGCCGAAAUCCUCUUGCAACGCAUUUACGAAGCAUACGCCGACUCCGUCAUGAAGAACCCAUUCCACACACCGGAAAUGCCUAUCAGGAGCGACGGAUUCGAAUCUCGUGUGACUGCAAUCAUUGGAACUGGGCAAUAA